ACAAACCCACCCCAUAAAAUAAACAUGUCAAAUUUGGCUUCUCUCGAAGAAGAAAGUACCUCCUCCUCUGCUGUUGAGCAACUACUGUAGAUCUCAAACAGACUGGAUACGUGAUCCUCCAUAUAUUACUCAGCGAAAUCAUUCCUACGCGCAAGCAAGACAGCGAGAGAGCUUGUUAGCUAUCACGCUAGCCAGUCGUAGUCGGGGUUAACCGACCUACUUCCUAACCUCUCUUACAUCAUCACACCUGGGAAGUAGUGGCUCCAAAAAGCCGACGUUUUUACUUCACACAAACGGCAGUGCAGUAUUAGUAUGUCAACAGGCGGACCUGUCACAUUGAACUAGUGAGAAUUGAAACACUUUCUCUCCAAGCAAGGGAGCUGUCAAGACUGCAGCUGGUUUCGUCAUUCCUCGAUUUUGACACAAAAGAGGAGUAAUGUCUUGUCCGUGUACUUCGGCUGCAAGGUUGUUGAUAAAUACAGCUCAUAGAGGCUUGUCCUGCUCCCGCUUGCAGUUUUAUUCUCUGAGUCGUCAUGGUUCCAGAGACGCCCAUCUACAGCCGCGUGUGCGAGUGAGAUCGUUUUCCGAGACUGCCGUUUGCUUUGCCUCCAAAGAUGGCAGCACAAAGGACACAGGGAACGAUGGUGGCAAGAAAAGCAUCAGUGAGGCGAAGAGGGCCUCGGGUUCUGGAGGAUCUGGUAAGGGAGGAAGUCAGCUCCGUUGCCCCAAAUGUGGAGACCCCUGCACGCAUGUGGAAACCUUUGUUUCAUCAACACGAUUUGUCAAAUGUGAGAAAUGCCACCACUUUUUUGUGGUCUUGUCCGAGACGGACUCCAAGAAGGGACUAAACAAAGAGCCCGAGUCUGCUGCAGAGGCUGUCAAACUGGCUUUUGCACAGAAACCACCUCCUCCCCCCAAGAAGAUAUAUGCUUACCUCGACAAAUAUGUGGUGGGCCAGUCCUAUGCUAAGAAGGUGCUGGCCGUGGCUGUGUACAAUCACUACAAGCGCAUCUACAACAACAUCCCUGCCGGCAGUCGCCAGCAAGUGGAGGUGGAAAAGCAACCCUCCCUGACACCUCGGGAGCUAGAGAUGAGAAGACGCGAAGAUGAAUACAGAUUCACAAAGCUUCUGCAGAUUGCAGGGAUCAGCCCCCACGGCAACGCUUUGGGAGCUUCCAUGCAGCAGCAGAGCAGCCAGCAGGCGCCCCAAGAGAAACGAGGCGGCGAGGUCUUGGACUCCACACACGCCGACAUUAAACUGGAGAAGAGCAACAUCAUACUUCUCGGUCCAACUGGCUCAGGGAAAACGUUGUUGGCGCAGACGCUGGCUCGCUGCCUGGAUGUUCCCUUUGCGAUAUGCGACUGCACCACUCUCACUCAAGCCGGAUACGUGGGAGAAGACAUUGAGUCGGUUAUUGCCAAACUGCUGCAAGAUGCCAACUACUCUGUGGAGAAAGCGCAGCAAGGUAUCGUGUUUCUGGAUGAGGUGGACAAGAUUGGCAGCGUGCCGGGCAUCCAUCAACUGAGGGAUGUGGGAGGAGAGGGAGUCCAACAGGGGUUGCUUAAACUCUUAGAGGGUACGAUUGUGAACGUUCCUGAGAAAAACUCCAGGAAGCUGAGAGGAGAGACCGUGCAGGUGGACACAACAAACAUCCUGUUUGUUGCCUCCGGUGCCUUCAACGGACUUGACAGAAUCAUAAGCAGAAGAAAGAACGAGAAGUAUUUAGGCUUCGGAACUCCUUCCAAUCUGGGCAAAGGUCGUCGUGCGGCAGCCGCGGCCGACCUAGCCAACACCAGCGGCGAGACGGACACGGUGGCCGAGAUCGAGGAGAAGGACAGGCUGCUGAAGCACGUGGAGGCCAGAGACCUGAUUGAAUUUGGAAUGAUCCCAGAGUUCGUGGGCCGUCUUCCUGUGGUGGUUCCGCUCCACAGCCUGGAUGAAGAAACACUCGUCCGUAUCCUGACGGAGCCUCGCAACGCUGUGGUGCCGCAGUACCAAGCGCUCUUCAGCAUGGAUAAAUGCGAACUCAAUGUGACCCAAGAUGCCUUGAAGGCCAUCGCUCGCAUGGCUCUGGAGAGAAAAACUGGAGCUCGUGGGCUUAGAUCAAUUAUGGAAAAGCUUCUCCUGGAGCCAAUGUUUGAGGUGCCGCAUUCUGACAUCAUGGCUGUCGAGUUGAACAAAGACGUCGUCCAUGGGAAGACCCAGCCCCGAUACAUCAGAACUCCGGCCAAGGAGCAGGCAGAAGAGGACUAUGAUUCAGGCAUCGAGGAGGAGAACUGGCCUCGACAGGCGGACGCUGCGAACAACUGAACCACGUCAUCCAUUUCACAUAAAGACAGUUUGUGAUAGCAACUCCGGGUUUUCCCGGAGGCCCCACAAACAAAAUAGGGACAUUUUAUUAGGGAUAAUGAAGGCGGUUGUGACCGAGGAUGUUAUCUUGAACAAGUAGUGUAACAACCUUGGGUCCUGUCUGUCUGUGCGUGUGUGUGCGUGAGUGUGUGUGCGCGUGUGCCAGCGAGCGUGUGUCGUGCAGCAUACUCGCAGGUUGGACCUUUAUACAAUUAUUUCAAUCUCUGGUGAUUGUUAAGAUUUUAUCUAUAUAAAGAUAAUACAUUUUUUAUUCGUGAGAACGUUUGUAGUAAGGUCAUAUUGUUUCCUUCUUGUGACCAGCAGCCCCUGGAAAAGGGAAACAAAAUAGAUGGCACCCAAAAACUGAUGCAUGGAGGGGGCGGGGGCAUGUCAAGUUAUGCCUUAUAUUACAGGGCAUGAUAUUCCAUGUCAAUAUUUUGAUGAUAGUCUCUUUAGCACCAUUAUCAUAAUGGCAUCCGCACUGUUAGUACAAUUGAGUCGUCAAUGUACUGCACUGCUUUAAUGCAGUAAUGUGGAAAAUGAUUUUGCUGACCGUACAAAAAAAAAAAGAAAUCAAGUAACACGAGCGGCUCAACAAACAACCUGUGAGAAGCGAUGGGGAGCUUUUAAGCAGCCACAAUGGUUACUGGUUCUUCAUGUUUGGUGUUCAGUCCACUUUUUAGGAAAUAGACUGUAUAUACAUGCAUGUGUUUCUCUUGCUUUUGUUAGGCUGUUUAGCAAAAAAGGGUUUAAGUCUGACAUUUAAAAGUUUUAUGUGUUUAUUUCUCUUUACAUUCUUAAGAUUCGCCAUCACGCCAAAUUAUCUCCUGAAACAAAAUGUAGAGGACAACCGUAAAGACUUUAUAGUUACUUUUAUGUCUUUUCACGCACCUUUUUAGUGUCGUCAUAUUCUGUUGCUAUCGAGCGGUCUUUCGUUAAGACUGAACCAUGCUGCUUGUAUUCCUAAAAUGUGCUAUGACAUCAUUAAACUAGACCUGAUCUCCCUGCUUUUAAGCUUCCUUUCCUUUCUAAAAUGUUGUCUGUUACAGAACACCAUUGUGAAGCCCACAAACAAUGUAAUUGUUGAAAAAUGAAAUAAAAUUUAUAUCUGGAUAGAUUUGAA